GUAUGUUGUCCACAUGAAGUUUGUCCUAGCACGGCUCCCCGUACUUGCCGGGCGGUAGUGGAGGUCAGGCGUGCUCGUCCCAACAACUGAAAUGCUACGUAGCCGCCGAAACACUCGCGAAUGCCAUUCACAAAAAAAACACGGACGGAAAGCAAAAUGCGCCUUUUAAAAUGUCCCAAGUGCUCGCAUGGACUGAAGGCGUAAGGAAGGAGGAGAGCGACACCGACAACUGAGCGUCCGUUUUGUCCUACAAAGGCAGUUUGACAGGCCUGGCGUUAAAUAUAAACUGCAGGAGGCGAACAAGGCGACUACAUGAAGUAAUAAGCUGUCUUUUCCAUCAAAUACAAGACAAUUGAAACAUGAGGAAGGACGUGAGGAUAUUACUCGUCGGGGAACCCAAAGUGGGGAAGACGUCCCUAAUAAUGUCUCUGGUCAGUGAGGAGUUUCCUGAUGAGGUUCCUCUCAGAGCUGAGGAGAUCACCAUCCCAGCAGAUGUCACUCCAGAGAGGGUGCCCACGCACAUUGUGGAUUACUCAGAGGCCGAACAAUCUGAUGAGCAGCUAUAUCAAGAAAUAUCAAAAGCCAAUGUUAUAUGCAUAGUGUAUUCAGUCAACAACAAGAAGUCCAUUGAGAAGGUUACCAGCCAUUGGAUUCCCCUCAUCAAUGACAGAAUAGACAAAGACAGCAGGGUUCCAUUGAUUCUUGUGGGCAACAAGUCUGACCUGGUGGAGCACAGCAGCAUGGAGACCAUCCUGCCUAUCAUGAAUCAAUACCAGGACAUUGAGACGUGUGUGGAGUGCUCCGCCAAAAAUCUAAAGAACAUCUCAGAGCUCUUCUACUACGCCCAAAAGGCAGUUCUCCACCCGACCGGACCUCUUUACUGUCCAGAGGAGAAGGAGCUGAAGCCAUCGUGCAUUAAGUCUUUAACUAGAAUCUUCAAAGUGUCCGACCUGGACAACGACGGCAUCUUGAAUGACAAUGAGCUCAACUUCUUUCAGAGAACGUGCUUCAACACGCCACUGGCGCCGCAGGCUUUAGAGGACGUUAAAAAUGUGGUCAGAAGGAACAUGGCUGAUGGAGUCAAGGACAACGGGCUCACGCUGAAAGGCUUUUUGUUCCUGCACACCCUCUUCAUACAGCGCGGUCGACACGAGACCACCUGGACCGUGCUCAGGAGGUUUGGUUACGAUGACGACCUGGAGCUUACGCAAGAAUAUCUCUUCCCUGUAGUCAAGAUCCCUCCGGACUGUACAACAGAGCUGAACCACAACGCUUACCUCUUUCUUCAGAGCGUCUUUGACAAACACGACAAGGACAGGGAUUGUGCGCUAUCGCCAGAGGAAGUCAAGGACCUGUUCAAAGUGUUUCCCUACAUGCCGUGGGGUCCUGACGUCAACAACACCGUGUGCACUAAUGACCAGGGAUGGAUCACAUACCAGGGAUACCUCUCCCAGUGGACGUUGACGACCUACCUCGACGUCCAGCGGAGUUUGGAGUAUUUGGGCUACCUGGGUUACUCCAUCAUCUAUGAGCAGGAGUCCCAAGCAGCUGCGAUAACAGUGACACGCAACAAGCGCAUUGACCUGCAGAAGAAACAGACUCAGCGCAGCGUCUUUCGCUGCAACGUCUUGGGGGCCCGAGCCAGCGGGAAGAGUGGCUUCUUACAAGCCUUCUUGGGCAAGAACCUCCAGCGACAGAGGCGGAUCAGGGAAGACCACAAGUCCCUUUAUGCCAUCAGCACCACUUAUGUGUACGGUCAAGAGAAGUACUUGCUGCUCCACGAGAUGAUGCCAGAUUUGGACUUCCUGUCCGAGGUCGACCUCGCCUGCGACGUGGUCUGCCUAAUCUACGACGUCAACGACCCGCAUUCUUUUGAGUACUGCGCCAAAAUGUACAAGCAAUCCUUGAUGGACAGCAAGACGCCGUGCGUGGUGAUAGCCGCCAAGUCGGACCUGCACGAGGUGCGGCAGAACUACUCCCUCUCUCCGCACGAGUUCUGCCGCAAGCACAAGCUGCACCCUCCCCAGCCAUUCACGUGCAACACCACAGAUGCGCCCAGCAAAGACCUCUACACCAGACUCACCACCAUGGCCAUGUACCCCCAUGCCCGGCUGCGUUGCAUGUGUGCCUGCAACAAGUGCGCCUUUUGCCUGUGUCACAAGCUCCUCAAGAUGGAGUUGCUGCGCAGCAUUCAGGCCCAACUGUGCAGGGUCGCUCACAACAGGUCUCACUAGUUCAUAUCAUCACUGUAGUUUGAUAUAUUCAAAUACAUAUUGCAAUAUU